ACUAAAAAAUGCCUCAAGUAAUCACAUUUAUUUUACUUUAGUAAUUAGUGUUGUGGUGAACCUGACUGCAUUCAAAAACUGUCAACAUGGCUUCGAUCUUAAAAUUUUCACGAUCUUUUGCAAAAUUACCCAAAUAUGAAAAUGUACUCAACGCUUAUAGCAAAAAUAUAAUUAGAGGAGCCGCCAGUCAGCCAGAAUCACAAACUGUUGUUCUUAACGUUCCACCUACGAAAGUUAGUACAUUACCAAAUGGAAUUAGAGUGGCAACUGAAGAUUGGGGAUCACAAACUGCCACUGUAGGUGUUUGGAUUGAUGCUGGAAGUAGAUAUGAAGAUGAUAAGAAUAAUGGAGUUGCUCAUUUUAUGGAACACAUGGCAUUUAAGGGUACAAGUAAACGAAGCCAAAGUCAAUUAGAAAUUGAAAUUGAAGAUUUAGGUGCCCAAUUGAAUGCGUAUACCAGCAGAGAACAGACAGUUUACUAUUCUAAGUGUUUGAGCAAAGAUGUACCAAAAGCUAUUGAAAUUUUGGCAGAUAUAAUUCAGAAUGCCAAAUUGGGAGAAUCUGAAAUUGAACGAGAAAGAGGCGUUAUUCUUCGAGAAAUGCAAGAGGUUGAAUCCAAUUUGCAAGAAGUUGUAUUUGAUCACUUGCAUGCUACUGCUUAUCAAGGAACACCUCUUGCUAACACAAUUUUAGGUCCAACAGCUAACAUCCGAACAAUCAAUGCGACGGACCUUAGAAAUUAUUUAGACAAUCACUACAAAGCAAGCAGAAUUGUUGUUGCUGGAGCAGGAGGAGUUAGUCACCAGGACCUACUACAACUUGCAGAGGCUAGUUUUGGUUCUUUAAAUAACAAUUAUCCAGGCAAAGUUCCAGUAAUCGCACCUUGUCGUUUUACUGGAUCUGAAAUUCGUGUUAGAGACGACUCCUUACCAUUAGCUCAUAUCGCUAUUGCCGUUGAAGGUGCUGGUUGGACUGAUCCAGAUACUUUAACAUUAAUGGUAGCAUCAACUCUACUUGGUGCUUGGGAUAGAUCUCAAGCAUCAGCCAAACAGAAUGCUACAAAUUUAGCUAGGGCUAGUGGUGAAGGUGAUUUAUGCCAUUCCUACCAAAGUUUUAAUACUUGCUACAAGGAUACUGGUUUAUGGGGUGUGUAUUUCGUCUCAGAUCCUAUGAAAAUAGAAGAUAUGGUUUUCAAUAUUCAACAGGAAUUUAUGAGAUUGUGUACUUCAGUAACUGAGAACGAAGUCGAACGAGCCAAAGCUCUACUCACUGCCAAUACACUUCUACAACUUGAUACUACAAGUGCUGUUUGUGAAGACAUUGGUCGUCAAUUACUCUGUUAUGGCAGAAGACUUCCACCUCAUGAAUUAGCUCAUCGUAUCAACAGUAUAACGGCACAAAAUGUCAAAGAUGUUUGUUAUAAAUACAUUUACGAUAGAUGUCCAGCAGUAGCAGGUGUAGGACCUGUAGAACAAUUACCCGAUUACAACGUUAUUAGAUCACAAAUGUACUGGCUCAGAGUUUAGAUUUGAAAUUUUAUAACAAACAAGAAUAUUGAUAUUUUUGAAGUAUUAUAAUGAAGUUGUGUUUUCUACGUUUUGCAUAUCUCAUAGCUUGAUCACAUAAAAAAUGCUUUUAUUAUAGAUGUUCAAAAUAUAUCUGAUUAAAAGCUGAAUUUGUUUAAAUCAUAGAUACAACACAUAGCACAUUUAAAUUUCUAAUGCCUCUCUCUAAUUCUUGAUAAAACAAAAUGCACAUAAUCUUGGAUCUGCAGAACUCUAUUCUUUCUCAACUUGUUACAAUACAUUGAAACCUCAAAAUGUCAUCAAAAAUACUGAGCUGUGAAAAACAUUCUUCUACAUUGAAAUUCUCUGGUAUUCUAUGUUAAGUUGAUAAAAAACAAAAUCGCUUCAUGUUUGUCGAUUAUUCUUGUUUGACUCUGACCAUUUCUCUUCUUAUUAAUUGAUAAUUUUCAAUAUUUUCAGUAUGUAUGAAACAUCAACUUGUAAUAUAUUAAUUUAUAGAAUAUAUUGUUUAAUUCUAUGUUAAGAAAAUUGUUUCAUAUUUAUUUAAAUACAUAUUAAGGUUUU